AAUUCAAUACGUUUCACACCAAAUCAGAAUACUACUUGUGCCAUCAAGACAGCCAACCUGGAAACUCACAACGACCUCGAUAUCUUUGCCCAAGGAUUCUAUAAACCUCAGUUCCAGAUGUCUCACAAUCUUUCUCUUGGACAAGCCAUUAUCGAAGAAAAUACGUGGGAUACAGACAAUUCUUGGAAUUCCGAGCCUUUCUUCAAUAAUACUAUGAUUCAAUUAGGACCUUCUGGCUUACUCCAAGCCAAUCUGCCAACGACCUACCAAACAAGCACUGAAACGGCCUCGAACCAUUUCGCAUACGCUCCCGGUAUGGAGCCACGGAACCAGGAGUCGAGCGGACUAGUGUCUCCUGCUGGAGAUGACAACAAGUCAUUAAGCUUGAUGGUUCUUAGCAGAAGUAAUUCAAGUCAAGAUCCCGAAAUCCAGCUCCGAUCAGCAUCACGCAAAUCAAAAAAUCGAAAGCUCGGUCGCCCAGCUUCUUCAAACAGCCAAGCACAUGCCAGGAAGUGCCAUAAUCUAGUAGAGAAGCAAUAUCGCACCCGGCUUAAGGCUCAAUUCGAGAAUCUUCUCACAGUACUGCCUACGGCACAAGACCCCGAUUACGUUGACAAGGAUGCUACAGGCAAUCCUGGCCGUUACCUGAGCAGGGGGCAGGUCUUAGAUGCUGCGAGGGAGCGUAUUCUCAAGCUAGAAAAUGAGGUUGAGUUAUCAACCCUAAGAUGCAACCGUUUGUUGAAGGAUAUAGCACGAAUGGAGCGGACUUUGCUUGAAGAGAAGAACAGAGCUGCGUUGUCUCUUUGGUCAGCUUAUUAA